AUGAGAAGCUCUUCCUCUUCUUCCUCCUCCUCCUCCUCCUCUUCCUCCAUCACGACCGCCAUCCCUACCAUCACUGCCUACUCCUUCACCUAUCAACAGGCUCUAUGGACAAUCCUCCUCAUCCUCAUUGUUACGUCAAGAGUUCAAUUGUCCGGUGCCGUAUUCCAUGAGGACUCUUCUAAAUUCCCUCAGAGCCGCUCUCACCACUACCAUUUCAGUUCUCAAACCACAUUUCGCCUUUACAAUAACCUACCAACAAACCACCACCAUUCUCCACUACCACCACCACCACCUCCACCACCGCCGGAUGAGGUGGAAGAUAGAUACAGUCACCACUCCCAUUUCAGUUCUGUAAUCCCAUUUCAACUCUCCAAUCAAUUUCGAAGGAACCGCCACCAUCCUCCACCACCACCACCGCCACCCUCGGAUGAAGUGGAAGAGAGAUACAGUCACCACUACCACUUCAGUUCGCAAACCCCACUUCGCCUUUACCAUCAACUUUCAAGAAACCACCACCGUCCUCCACUAUCACCACCACCGGAUGGAUACAGCACCGAGCAGCGGGUGGUUCCCUCAGGUCCCAAUCCACUCCACAAUUGA